CAAGACUUUCCUUUCCAACAGAAUAUGACAGAUACCUAGCAUCUAGCAAAACGAUGGCAGCAGCUUACCUUGAUCCAAACUUGAAUCAUACACCAAGUUCAAGUGCAAAGACACACCUCAGUACUGGGGUGGAGCGUUCCCCAGGGGCCAUGGAACGAGUCUUAAAGGUCUUCCAUUACUUUGAAAGUAGCAGUGAGCCAACAACGUGGGCCAGUAUUAUCCGGCACGGAGAUGCUACUGAUGUCCGGGGCAUAAUUCAGAAGAUAGUGGACAGUCACAAAGUAAAGAAUGUGGCCUGUUAUGGAUUACGGCUCAGUCACCUGCAAUCUGAGGAGGUCCACUGGCUACAUCUGGACAUGGGUGUAUCCAAUGUGAGGGAGAGGUUUGAAUUAGCCCACCCUCCAGAGGAAUGGAAAUAUGAAUUGCGAAUCCGAUAUUUACCAAAAGGAUUUCUGAAUCAGUUUACGGAGGACAAGCCAACACUAAAUUUUUUCUAUCAGCAGGUGAAAAAUGAUUAUAUGUUAGAAAUAGCAGAUCAAGUGGACCAGGAAAUUGCUUUGAAGCUAGGUUGCCUUGAAAUCCGGAGAUCCUACUGGGAGAUGAGGGGCAAUGCACUAGAAAAGAAGUCCAACUAUGAAGUUUUAGAGAAAGAUGUUGGCUUAAAGAGAUUUUUUCCGAAGAGUUUGCUGGAUUCUGUAAAGGCCAAAACACUAAGAAAACUGAUUCAACAAACAUUUCGACAGUUUGCCAUCCUCAAUAGAGAAGAAAGUAUUCUGAAAUUCUUUGAGAUCCUGUCUCCAGUAUACAGAUUUGACAAAGAAUGCUUCAAAUGUGCUCUUGGUUCAAGCUGGAUUAUUUCAGUGGAGCUGGCAAUUGGCCCAGAAGAAGGAAUCAGUUACCUUACAGACAAGGGCUCUAAUCCUACCCACUUGGCAGAUUUCAAUCAAGUGCAGACUAUUCAGUAUUCAAACAGUGAAGACAAGGACAGAAAAGGGAUGUUACAGCUCAAAAUAGCAGGAGCACCUGAGCCUCUGACAGUGACAGCACCAUCCUUAACCAUUGCAGAGAAUAUGGCUGACCUGGUAGAUGGAUAUUGCAGACUGGUAAACGGAGCCACUCAGUCUUUUAUUAUCAGGCCUCAGAAAGAAGGUGAAAGAGCUUUACCAUCAAUACCAAAGCUGGCCAAUAAUGAGAAGCAAGGAGUAAGGUCACAUACAGUCUCUGUAUCAGGAGUCAGUCACUGUCAGCAUAAAGUAAAGAAAGCUAGGCGCUUUCUCCCUUUCGUCUUCUGUUCCCAUGAGCCACCGCCUAAGGAUGAAAUUAGUGGGGACGAAACAGAUGACUAUGCAGAGAUUAUAGAUGAAGAAGAUACUUACACAAUGCCCUCAAAAAGCUAUGGAAUAGAUGAAGCCAGGGAUUAUGAGAUUCAGAGGGAGAGAAUUGAACUGGGACGCUGUAUCGGUGAAGGACAGUUUGGAGAUGUACAUCAAGGAGUUUACAUGAGUCCAGAAAAUCCAGCCAUGGCUGUUGCAAUCAAAACAUGUAAAAACUGCACUUCAGACAGUGUGAGAGAGAAAUUCUUACAAGAAGCCUUAACAAUGCGUCAGUUUGAUCACCCCCACAUUGUGAAGUUGAUUGGAGUUAUUACGGAAAACCCAGUCUGGAUAAUCAUGGAGCUCUGUACACUAGGGGAGCUGAGAUCAUUUUUGCAAGUAAGAAAAUACAGUUUGGAUCUGGCCUCUUUGAUACUCUAUGCUUACCAGCUUAGCACAGCACUUGCCUACUUAGAGAGCAAAAGAUUUGUACAUAGGGAUAUUGCUGCUAGAAAUGUGCUGGUAUCCUCCACUGAUUGCGUGAAAUUAGGUGACUUUGGUUUGUCCCGAUAUAUGGAAGACAGUACUUACUAUAAAGCUUCCAAAGGAAAAUUACCUAUCAAAUGGAUGGCUCCAGAGUCAAUCAACUUCCGACGUUUUACCUCAGCUAGUGAUGUGUGGAUGUUUGGUGUGUGUAUGUGGGAAAUUUUAAUGCAUGGAGUAAAGCCCUUCCAAGGAGUGAAGAACAAUGAUGUGAUUGGUCGAAUUGAGAAUGGUGAACGGUUACCAAUGCCUCCAAACUGCCCUCCUACUCUCUACAGCCUUAUGACCAAGUGCUGGGCAUAUGACCCCAGCAGACGACCCAGGUUUACUGAACUUAAAGCACAGCUCAGUACAAUAUUGGAGGAAGAGAAGCUGCAGCAAGAAGAACGAAUGAGAAUGGAAUCAAGGCGACAAGUCACAGUGUCCUGGGAUUCAGGAGGAUCAGAUGAAGCCCCUCCCAAGCCCAGCAGACCUGGUUAUCCCAGUCCAAGAUCCAGUGAAGGGUUUUAUCCUAGUCCACAGCAUAUGGUACCGCCCAAUCAUUACCAGGUCUCUGGCUAUCCUGGUUCUCAUGGGAUACCAGCCAUGGCAGGCAGCAUUUAUCCUGGCCAGGCAUCUCUUUUGGAUCAAGCAGAUUCCUGGAACCAUCGGCCUCAGGAAAUAUCAAUGUGGCCCCCCACCAUGGAGGAUUCUGGCACUUUGGACAUGCGAGGAAUGGGACAGGUCCUACCAACACAUCUAAUGGAGGAGAGAUUGAUACGACAGCAACAAGAAAUGGAGGAAGAUCAGCGCUGGCUUGAAAAAGAGGAGAGAUUCCUGAAACCUGAUGUGCGGCUCUCCAGAGGCAGCAUAGACCGAGAGGACGGGAGCCUCCAGGGCCCGGCUGGUAACCAGCACAUAUAUCAGCCUGUGGGUAAACCCGAUCAUGCAGCUCCGCCAAAGAAACCACCUCGUCCUGGAGCCCCCAGCCAUUUGGGUAGCCUUGCCAGUCUCAACAGCCCUGUGGACAGCUACAAUGAAGGAGUGAAGCCAUGGAGGCCACAGGAAAUCAGCCCUCCCCCCACUGCCAACUUGGAUCGUUCCAAUGACAAGGUGUAUGAGAAUGUAACUGGACUGGUGAAAGCUGUAAUAGAAAUGUCCAGUAAAAUCCAGCCUGCCCCUCCAGAGGAGUAUGUACCCAUGGUGAAGGAAGUUGGUUUGGCACUUCGAACUUUACUGGCAACAGUAGAUGAGACCAUUCCAGUGCUCCCUGCAAGUACUCACCGAGAGAUUGAGAUGGCACAGAAGCUAUUGAACUCUGACUUGGCUGAACUGAUUAACAAGAUGAAAUUGGCCCAGCAAUACGUCAUGACUAGCCUGCAGCAGGAAUACAAAAAGCAAAUGCUCACAGCUGCUCAUGCUCUGGCUGUGGAUGCCAAAAACUUGCUGGAUGUUAUUGAUCAAGCCAGAUUGAAAAUGACUGGUCAGUCCAGACCCCAUUAAACACUGAGGAAGAAUUUUUUGUCAUUCUUUUUAAGAAUAUU